GCCGGCGUCUUUCCUUCAAAAGAAGAAAAGAUCAGCGUCUCUUUUUCUUCAAUCUGCCCUCGUUUGAGUUAUCAUUAAACUACUUAUAGCUAAACUAACCCAACUCCAUGAGAAGUGACUUUGAGUGUGUCUGGGUUUUUGCCCUUGCAUCGAAAUGCAGAGCUUUUUCUCAAGAAAACAUUGCAUGUUCAAUUUUUAUCAUCGCCCUAGCCUGGCUGGUUAUGGCCCUAAUCUACUGGUCUCACCCCGGUGGUUCGGCUUGGGGCAAAUAUAGGCUCAAAAAGUGGGCCACUCUCUCUGUUUGCUACCGAGCAAUACCAGGCCCUAGAGGGUUUCCUUUGAUCGGGAGCAUGGACCUUAUGGCCAGCUCCCUAGCGCACCACAGAAUUGCAGCCGCUGCCGAGACAUGCAAGGCCAAGAGGCUCAUGGCCUUUAGCCUCGGCGAUACUCGCGUCAUCGUCACGUGCAAUCCUGAUGUAGCGAGAGAGAUUCUCAACAGCUCUGUGUUUGCUGAUCGUCCAGUGAAAGAAUCGGCUUAUAGCUUGAUGUUCAACAGAGCGAUCGGGUUCGCUCCUUACGGAGUUUACUGGCGAACACUGAGAAGGAUCGCAGCAACCCACUUAUUUUGCCCUAAGCAAAUCAAAGGUUCCGAGGAACAGAGGCGCUUGAGUGCCUCUGAAUUAGUAACCUUAUUUGCUAAUCACCAUAACCGAAGCUUCCACGUUCGGGACGUGCUAAAACGAGCCUCGCUAAACAACAUGAUGGUUUCGAUAUUCGGAAAGAAGUAUAAACUAGAUUGUGCCGAUAGUGAAGUCGAUGAACUUCGGGCUCUAGUUGAUGAAGGGUAUGAUUUAUUAGGGACAUUGAACUGGUCCGAUCAUCUCCCUUGGCUAGCCGAAUUCGACCCUCAAAAUAUCAGGGCUAGAUGCUCAAACCUUGUACCUAAAGUUAACCUAUUUGUUAGCCGAAUCAUAUCCCAACACAGAGCUCAAACAAACGAGAAAGGUCGAGAUUUCGUCGACGUGUUGCUUGCUCUCCAAGGAGCCGAUAAAUUAUCGGACUCCGAUAUGAUCGCCGUUUUAUGGGAAAUGAUAUUUAGAGGAACUGAUACAGUAGCGGUCCUCAUCGAGUGGAUAUUAGCUAGGAUCGUGCUUCACCCUGAUGUUCGAUCAACGGUCCAUGAUGAACUCGACAAGGUUGUUGGCAGAUCGAGAGCCGUUGAUGAGUCUGACGUAAUGAACUUGAUUUAUCUUGCGGCUGUGAUCAAGGAGGUUCUGAGGCUUCAUCCACCGGGCCCGUUGUUAUCAUGGGCCCGUCUUUCUACCACCGAUACAACCGUUGAUGGGUAUCACGUUCCGAAGGGGACCACGGCGGUGGUGAACAUGUGGGCCAUCGCGAGGGACCCUCAAGAGUGGGUGGAUCCACUUGAAUUUGUACCCGACAGAUUUGUUGCUAAACAAGGUGAGGUGGAGUUUUCUGUACUCGGCUCGGAUCUCAGGCUGGCUCCAUUCGGGUCGGGUAGGAGAACAUGCCCCGGAAAGAACUUGGGGUUGACCACCGUCACCUUUUGGGUGGCGACCCUUCUGCACGAGUUCGAAUGGCGACCUUCCGAUCAGAGUCCUAUUGACUUGUCCGAGGUUUUGAAGCUGUCGUGUGAGAUGGCUAAUCCUUUGAGUGUUGAAGUUCGUCCUAGGCGUAUGUCUCACUACUAGCACAACUAAUUAGUCACGUGGAAAAUGAGAUAUUAAGACACAAAAAUGUUGUCCCUGUCUUUUAUGUAUUGUAAGUAGGAGUGAUGAGAGAGAGCAUGUAAUUCAAAGUUCCCUAGUAUUAAUAUUACUC